CGCCGGCGCCGGAAGUGCUGUGCGCCGACGUCACUUCCGUCGCGUUUCUGGGCGGCGCCAAGAUGGACGCUCCGUGGGCCCGGGAGCAGCUCCGGCGGCGGUACCUGCUGUCGUCGGACUCCGCGGUCCCGCGGGACGGCGAGGGCGACGCCAGGCCGGGCGCUUCCACAGCUGCCGAGAAGAAGGAGAAACCUCUCCCGAGACUGAACCUCCAUUCCGGGUUCUGGAUUUUGGCCUCCAUUGCUGUGACCUACUAUGUUGAUUUCUUUAAUACCCUGAGAGAGAACUUUCACACUAGCAGUUGGUUCCUGUCUGGCAGUGCCUUGUUGCUCGUCAGUCUGUCGAUUGCACUGUACUGCAUCGUCUAUCUGGAGUGGUAUCGUGGGAUUGAGGAGUAUGACGUCAGAUACCCGGCCCUGAUCCCCAUCACGACCGCUGCCUUCAUCGCGGCAGGAAUAUGCUUCAACAUUGCUUUAUGGCACGUGUGGUCGUUUUUAACGCCGCUGUUGUUAUUUACGCAAUUUAUGGGAGUUAUAAUGUUGAUCUCCCUCCUUGGAUGAUUUCUGGAGCUGUCGGGGCCGCCCACAGAAGGCGUUACAGACGGAGAGAGGGAAAGCCACAGUGUUUUUGCACCCACGGAGAGCUUUUCUUGGAAGAAUUGGGACUUUGCAAAUGUGUUGUUGGAAUCAGAAUAAAUUAUAUUUCAUUUGGAUAUUCUCAAACUCAAGUGAUUGAGUUUCUCAGAAGUCAGUGUUACGUGGAGGUCACUGUUGGACAGCGUUAAUCUGUUAGUAUUCAGAGGAGAGAGUAGUUUCACCCCAGGUUCUUAGUGCAUCCUAAUACCCAAGUAAGUGGUUCCGUCUCCCACUUCCGGAUGGCAGGUCACUGUAUGAAGGAGUGGAGUGUGUGGAACGGGGUUGCGUUGUCAUGUGCCUUUACCCCCCCUUCCGUAAUACUGUACAUCUUACUUCCAUAAUGGUUUCUAGAGGGGAGGGGAGCAACUGAAAGUAUGAGGGGUCUUCAAAAAGCUAGUGGAAAUAUGUUAGAAAAAACUAUGCAUGAUUCCGAAUGUUUCUGCACCCAAAUAAGUUUAUCUUUGAAUUCAGUUUUUCCAAACUUUUUGAAGUGCCCUUGUAUUUUGUUUUCCUAUCAUUUAUCAGAUUUUAUCUUUGUGUAAAUCACAGGAUUUUUUAACAUUUUUUAAAAUAUGAACUGUUGAUCAUUUCUCAGUGUAUAAUUUUUUCUGCAGCAUUUAAAUAAAAGUAUUUUUAUAACUUC